GUUUAUAUGGGGGUGGAAUUGGGUGUUUUCUCAUUUUUCAAUGGAUUUUUUUUUUUGAUUGGAACGAAAACAUCAACACCAACUUCUUUUCCAUUACCAAUGUCUGCUCCAGGAACAAGCUCGGGACCCCAGAAAAGAGGGUUGGGUAACUUGAAGGUGGAACUUCUCAAUGAACAAAAACAAGAAAUCAGAGAAGCGUUCUCGUUGUUUGAUAUGAAUAAUGACGGGUGUUUGGAUUAUCACGAAUUGAAAGUGGCUUUCAGAGCAUUGGGGUUUGAACUAUCCAAAAGAGAGGUUUUGGAUAUCAUCCACGAAUACGACACCGACGACCGGAACUUGAUCACCUACGAGAGCUUCUUUCAAGCAGUUGGAGAAAAAAUCCUUAAUAGGGAUCCUUUGGACGAGAUUCGUCGGGCUUUCAAGUUGUUUGACGAUGACGGCACCGGUAAGAUAAGUUUGAGAAACUUGAGGAGAGUAGCCAAAGAACUAGGUGAAAAUUUAACUGAUGAUGAAUUAAGAGCUAUGAUUGACGAAUUCGAUUUAGAUGAAGACGGUGAGAUCAAUGAACAAGAGUUCAUCAAUAUCUGUACAGAAUAACCUCCUUUGCAUUACCAAUUGUAUACUAGUAUCUCUUCAAUUCUGUAAUAUUUCCUUUUCUAUAUUAAUAUAUAUCGACACCCAGACACCAGCGUAUGUAUGGGUCUUUUUCUUGCUUUUCCC